AUGGCCGGAAAGGGACUUUUCAGCUUGCUAUCCUUGAUCCUCGUCGCCGGUGGACUCUUGUUCAUGUUCUUUAUUCUACUGGCAGGUGCCAUCGACCACGCCCCAGUCGAUAGGUGGUAUCUUUUACAGGCUGAUACCUCGUUGAUCCCCGGGGCGCCGCCAGUCUCAAGAUGGUCGUACUGGAAUGUAUGUGGCGUUGAGAACGGCCACACGGUCUGUGGUGAUGAGGACUACUCAAAGGUCCAUCCAGCAUAUCCGCUAGAUCCUACUUCGCACCGGACUUUUGACACAGAUGUUGGUGUCCCUCAAGAUUUUGUCGACAACCACGGCUUCUACUUCCUCAUGACACGGUUCAUGUUUGCGUUUAUGCUCAUCGCUCUUUUCUUCGGGGCCAUGUCGCUGUUUACUGGCCUCUUGGCGCUUUGCACCAGGAUUGGUAGCUAUCUGAGCGGUCUCUUGACCAUGGUUGCCUCCUUCUUCCAGGCAAUCAACGCUGCAUUGAUGACUGCUGCCUACCUCAAGGGUAGAAACAAUUUCCGGGACAACAACCAAGAAUCCAACGUCGGACAGUACGCAUUCGGGUUCGAAUGGGCGGCCUUUGCUUGCUUCUUUCUUGCGACGAUUCUUUUCUGUGUGGGCCCCUCGCGAAAAGAUAAGACGACGACGACGUCCGGACGACGCGGUGGGUUCUUCAAGGGUCGAAGGAGCCGGAGUACGAGAAGUCGAGGCAGCUUCGUACAUGACAAAGAGUACGGGGCAUGA